UCUUCGGCUGGCGGCAAGAUGCAGAGGGCUUACUCCCUAAAAAUUAAAGAUGGCGACUAGGGGAGCCAGAAAAUGAAACGCUGAGUAAUCCGUACAUAUCUCGCCAAUCAUUUAAAAACUUUUCUGUUAAUCAGUCAAUACUGGCAAGAGGAUAUUUUUUCUGACGUCUAUGGUCGUGUUUGUUAAUAUGUCAUCUGGUAACGAUGAUGCUACUGUUAAGUGGUGCUUCUCUCAAGUUAAAGGAACGUGUGAAGAGGAGAUAACUGAGGCUGAUAUCAUUUCAACAGUUGAAUUUAAUCAUAAUGGUGAAUUGCUAGCCACUGGUGACAAAGGUGGUCGUAUAGUUAUUUUUCAAAAAGAUAAUGCACCGAAAAGUUCACCACGACAUGGCGAAUACAAUGUAUAUAGUACCUUUCAGAGCCACGAGCCAGAGUUUGAUUAUUUAAAAAGUUUAGAUAUUGAUGAGAAAAUAAAUAGAAUAAAAUGGCUUAAAAGAAGAAAUCAGUCUCACUUCCUGUUGUCAACCAAUGAUAAAACUGUAAAACUAUGGAAAAUAUCUGAAAGAAAUUUAAGAAUAGAUGGUCCAUUAAAUACGAAAUCUCUUGAUGGAACUCAGGAUUUGGAUUAUAGUGAAAUUACACACUUAAAAAUUCCUGAACUACAUUCAACACCUUUAAUGGUUGAGGCGAGCCCUCGAAAGAUUUAUGCGAAUGCCCACACGUACCAUGUAAAUUCAAUAUCUGUUAACAGUGAUGAUGAAACCUACUUGUCUGCAGAUGAUCUGAGAAUCAACUUGUGGAGUUUACAGCGUACUGACCAAAGCUUCAAUAUUGUUGACAUCAAACCAGCCAAUAUGGAAGAAUUAACUGAAGUCAUCACUGCUGCAGAAUUUCAUCCACAACACUGCAAUGUGUUUGUAUAUAGCAGCAGCAAGGGAACUGUGAGACUAUGUGACAUGAGAGAUAACGCCCUGUGUGACAAAUAUGCCAAAUUAUUCGAGGAGCCUGAAGAUCCUAGCAAUCGUUCCUUCUUCUCUGAACUUAUUUCAUCUAUAGCAGAUGUGAAGUUUAGUCAUAAUGGUAGAUAUAUGUUGACUAGAGAUUACCUUAGUGUAAAGGUCUGGGAUCUAAAUAUGGAGAAUAAACCAAUUGAAACGUUCCAGGUGCAUGAAUACCUGCGCAGUAAACUUUGCGCGUUGUACGAAAAUGAUUGCAUAUUUGAUAAAUACGAGUGCUGUUGGAGUGGAGAUGACAGCUCGAUUCUUACUGGUUCCUAUAAUAACUUUUUCCGAAUCUUCAAUCGAGAGAGCAAGUCUGGCGUGUGCUUAGAAGCCACGCGGGAAAAUGUCCGACCAAAACAACAGCUUCGCCAGAAAAAAAUCACAACUACCGGUAAACGAAAGAAAGAUGAAAUUAGCGUAGAAUGUUUGGACUUUAACCGUAAGAUUUUGCACAUAGCUUGGCAUCCAACUGACAACAUCAUAGCUUUAGCGGCAACAAAUAAUCUGUACUUGUUUCAAGAGAAGUUGUAAGAACCUGAACGACGGGAAAUGGUGUUGCCAGUAACCCGAAUACAGAGAUUUGCGGUAAAGACAAGUACUAUCAUAAAUCGAGCGCGCGAAUCACUGUGUUAUCGAUAAAACUGAAAAUAUUUCCUUUCUUUUUACGAAACGAAUUUCAUAAAAAGGAAGAAACUGGUUCAUGAAAUGAACUCGCUAUAUACAUAAAUAUAUGUUCGCUAUUAGUACUGCAGUUGCUGUUAAUGUUACACGAGCCAAUAUGUAAUUAUAUCAUCUCGUGGCCUAUAUGAAAUUUUGUGGUAAUUAUUCUAACAAUAGUUCUUAAUUACUUGAUAAUUCAAACACAAACUAAUGUUUUGUUUAUAAACUGGAUAAACGAGUUCCACGUGUCGUAGAGGUGAUAGAGAAACUUUAACUGUUAAAGCUUCAGAAAUCUUUGUCAUCUAUUCUAUUUAGGGUACAUAGAUUUUAUAAUGAUAAAGAAUAAAGAACACAUAUUUUUCUUCUAAAAUUAUCGUUUUCUUGUUUCGUUACUUUAUUUUUCUCAGGUUUGAAAUUUGCAUGAAAUUUCGAGUCAGAUCAUGUCUAAAAAUGUCUCUAACCAUACUGGAUACUUUCCUCAAUAUAAUUUUUUUGAGGUGUUUUGAAGUGUCGAAAAAAUUUCUGUAUGAUAUAACAUACUUGUUGAAAUCGAAUUUUUAUUUCGAAUAAAAUUAAAACUUA